AUCCGACCCGUUUACAGCCUUAAAUGUCACAGGAUUGAAUUCUUUCUUGACGAAAUUCCGAACCAAGCGAACAUCUUUUGCGACUGCAAACUCAGUUUGUUGUUUUAGCAGUUGAUUUUAGAGGAAAAUGUCUCGGAGGUACGAUAGCCGCACGACGAUCUUCUCCCCGGAAGGCCGUCUCUACCAAGUGGAGUAUGCGAUGGAGGCCAUCGGAAAUGCAGGAACUGCAAUCGGAGUAUUGUCUAAAGAUGGAGUCGUAUUGGUUGGUGAAAAGAAGGUUACGUCGAAGCUCCUACAGACCUCGAAAUCCACCGAGAAGAUGUACAAGAUCGACGACCAUGUUGCCUGCGCUGUUGCCGGAAUAAUGUCUGAUGCCAAUAUUCUAAUCAACACUGCCAGGGUUCAAGCCCAGCGCUAUACUUAUGCUUAUCAAGAGCCGAUGCCGGUGGAACAGCUCGUUCAGUCUCUGUGUGAUACCAAGCAAGGCUACACGCAGUUCGGCGGGCUCCGUCCUUUCGGAGUCUCGUUCUUGUUUGCCGGCUGGGACAAGAAUUUUGGGUUUCAGCUUUAUACGAGUGAUCCGAGUGGGAAUUAUGGAGGUUGGAAGGCUGCGGCCAUCGGGGCGAACAACCAGGCUGCCCAGUCGAUGCUGAAGCAGGAUUAUAAGGAUGACAUGACGAGGGACGACGCAGUGCAGCUUGCAUUGAAAGUUUUAAGUAAGACUAUGGACAGUACCAGUCUUACCUCUGAUAAGCUCGAGCUCGCCGAGGUGUUUCUUUCACCAUCAGGAAAGGUCAAGUACGAGGUUUGCUCACCGGAGGCGCUCGGUAAGUUGUUGGUGAAGUCUGGAGUUACCCAACCUGCUACUGAAGCUUCUUGAGUUUCUUGCCUUCUCUUGCUGUACCUAGAGACAUAUUUCAACUAUCUUCAUAUUUUUAGUUAUGGUUCUUAACUGAAGAUACGCUUUGAAAACUGUCAUUUGACGAUCCUUCUUAGAAAUGCGACUUUUUGAGUAUGGCUGUUAACUUUCUAAUAUGUGUUUCAACAUGCUUAGGAGCAUUUUCAAGAUUAAAUUGUAUAAUUAAACAAUUUUCUAUCUUGGAGUUCUUUCUCCAACUUUUUUU